ACACCAUUACGUAUCGGAAGCCUUCUCCAUCCAUCCUCUUCGUUUCCUACUUGCAAACAAGCGUCGAUCGAUAUAUUCAUAUUUCCACCAGGUUUGCUCCAAACCCGGAUCCUACGAAUUCAAACAACCGCAUUCCAUGAGGUGACAUACACAGCCUCGCUGCCCAUGGCGAACACACACGGUCGGAACCCUGAGCCUGAUUACUUUGAGUCCAUCCCCGAGUACACCAAUCGCGAUUCCGCCGCCGAGCCUCGUCGAGAUAACCCCGCCUUACGCAGGGCAUCGCCCACCCAAAAGCGCUCCUCGCCACCUAUCAACGACGAAAUGGCUUCUGGUGAAGAUCUUGACGAGCUGAAGCUGCAUCCUGUCGUUUCUCCAGAGCUCAUAGCAGAGAUUACCGAGAGGGUCACUGAGAGGGUUACCGUGAGGGUGAGGAAAGAAGUGGUCGAAGAAUUGUCGAAGCAAACAAGCACAGACGGUGAAAUCUCGAACAAGUCCAGCUCUACUUCAUCCCCGCCGCCAACGAAUACUCCGCCAUCUCCAACACAGUCUGCGAAGCCGGCGUAUGCGCCUCCUCCACCUAUGGAGCCUCGAUCACCACCCAGCAGUCCGCUGGACAAGCCGAGCGUACGGUUCUCCGAUCGUCGCCCUGCCGUAUCAAGAACAUACUCGACGGCAGAACUGUCUACAAUCGAUCAGAAAUGGGGAAGGCUGUUUGACAAGGAAGGGACUCCAACGAAACGACUCGGUGAAUUCUUGCGAGGCCUUGCGAACCAUAUAAUCAAUGACUUUCCGCCGAGGAAGAGCAUCGUUAUCACACCUACGAAGAUGGCAGCAUACUAUGCCAGCCACGCUCUGGAAAAGGAGCCUCACCCUCUUCUCUCAAUCUUCCGGGCAAAUUCGAACGAAGAACAUAUACAGCGCUUGUAUCAGGGUUUGGGUUGCGAACAUCAUCUGGUCCAGGAGGACUCUCACUCUGAAGCGAUUAUUCCUUCACUCACUCCGGUAGGCUUCGCGCACUGGAUGACUUUAUUCAUACUAGCUUAUCCGGAAGAGGAGUGGAGACGGUUGGAGAAUGCCGUGAUGUCUAUGCCUAUUGAUGCUGAUGGAGAUUUGGUAGACGGGAAGCCUGAACGUCUUCCAAAGCAAAUAUCACGACACCUCCUCCCAGAGAAGACAGAUGCAAACUCUCAAAAGUUGUUAGAAAGUGCUAUCUUACAAUUCUUGGCUGAUUUUGGAUCUACCAACCGGCGGAGGGGCUCUCUUACGGCUCCUUCUCUCAGCCGCCGCUCUUCUGCUCGAUCACAGCAGCGUCCGGUUGAGAUUCAUCAAGCCCGAACCUCUCCAACAAGCUCAAAACCUCAACCUAUUGAGCGUGAGCGGAAACCGUAUGCUGGUGCUCCCUCCAACUCCGAGGGUUCAAGCAACGAGGAGGGUAUCAAGAUAGAGAGAGAUCGCCAGCCAUACACCGCUCAGCCUGGAAGUGGCAAAGUCUACACUGAGAAGAACACCCUCAAUAUCCCAAGCCGACCCGGCCGUGCAAAUUCUACCAGCAGCCGUACGAGCACAAGAGAGAUGUCUGAUACGGGCAGCCGCGUCAGCGCAAGAGAGCCGUCUGACGUUGCUGAGCCCCGUGAACCCCGACACCAGCGGACACAAAGCACAACAAGCCAAAGCGGCCCUGGACGUCCUGCAGGCCGAAAAAACAGUAGUCCUCCCUUGAGAAACUUCCGCCAUUCUGUUCCGGACGAUAUCCAAGGCGGAGGCAAGUAUGGACCCGGGCCAUCCUCAUCGACAUCCAGCUUCAACCCCGGCUCCUACGGCUCUACCACCUCAUUUCCACCGCCGCCUCCCGGCCCACCACCCAUCGACAUCCGCAGCGAGCGAGGAGACAGGAGAUACCGCGACGAUCGCCAGUACAACCGCCGAGGCACCGACCCCGAAGAAGUCCGUUUCGCCGGCGAGUUCAACUCCCCUAAAGAUGCUGAGAAGUGGGAUCGCUAUCGAGAAGCGGUCGUUGGGGAUCGCGAUCGCGAUCGUGAUCGUGAUCGUGACCGCCAUAACAAUGUCCCUUACGAGCGAGGCUCUGUCUCCAUCGAUCCGAGGGAUAUGAGAGGUGCGGAGGACUUUUAUCGAGAGAGGCCAAGAGGUCCUGAAUAUGAUGCUUAUGGCAGAAGGAUUUGAGCGAUAUCGAUGAGAGAUGAGAAGAGGAAAUGAUAAUGAGGAGAUGGCAGGCCAUAACGGACACUCUUUUUGACAUGAAUGAGCGACGAAGCGAAUCGGAUCGGAUGAUACCUACACGCGAGCGUUUUUCGAUAAAGCACAAAUGCCUUUUCAUUCCUUUGUACUCGGGGUUUG